AUGAAGGUUUAUGCUACAAAUUAUUAUGAGUAAACUAUUUAUAUAUAUUCCAGAUAGCGAUUUUCAAGCCAGAUAUUUAGUAAGUGGAGGAAAUUAGCUUAUAAUUAAACAAGAAAUGAUAUAUUACAAUAAGUGAUUAGGAAAACAGAUAGUUAAAUAAUGCAGAAGUAAAAAGAAUAUGAGUAGUUGAUACAGACAUAAAUUCUAAAUUUAUAGCUUCUGUAAUGUAUGUUAUUCUUAAAACGAAAUUGUAUUUGCACCUAAAAUAUACAAAAUUGA